AUGAACGGAAAUAUGCGUCGCUCAGCAUUGCGGGCCAUGGAGGCCGCAAAGCCCAUAGCGCGAGUCCCUCACUCUAAGUCCAGAACCUUUGCUACUCUGAAUGACACUGCCAAGGACCCUGCGGAGCUCGAUCAAAUCACAACCCUGCCCAACGGCGUCCGUGUCGCCACAGAGUCAUUACCAGGCCCAUUCGCGGGUGUCGGAGUCUUCGUCGAUGCCGGAUCUCGUUACGAAGAUGCGAGCUUGCGCGGAGUCAGUCAUUUGAUGGACCGAUUGGCCUACAAAUCAACCAAGUCACGAUCUGCGGAUGAGAUGCUCGAGGUUAUGGAGGCGCUGGGCGGUAGUAUCCAAUGUGCGUCAUCGAGAGAGUCUUUGAUGUACCAGUCCGCCAGCUUCAACGAUGCUGUUCCUACUACACUCGGCAUCUUGGCGGAAACCAUUCGGGAUCCCUUGAUCACUGAGGAGGAGGUUCUUGAUCAGCUUGCUACAGCCGAAUACGAGAUUGGUGAGAUUUGGGCUAAGCCGGAGCUUAUCCUGCCAGAGCUUGUCCACAUGACAGCAUACAGGGACAACACUCUCGGAAACCCUCUACUGUGCCCUGCUGAGAGGCUAGGCGAAAUCAAUAAGGCUGUUGUGGAGCGCUAUCGUGAGAUCUUCUUUAACCCGGAUCGCAUGGUUGUUGCAUUUGCUGGUGUGCCUCACGCCGAGGCCGUUAAGCUCACAGAGCAAUACUUCGGAGAUAUGAAGAGCCGCGACGUUGCCCACAGCAAGGGACCGGUUCUGUCAGGCUCAGGAAUUGAUACUACUCUGUCAGACUCCCACGCUGCUGCUAAGGAGGGCCAAAUCCCAACCGUUCCCCAGUUCACAGCGUCUUCGACUGUCAGCAGCUCAGCUGCUUCGCAAAGCACUCACUCCUCGCUCUUGUCGAAGCUUCCUUUCCUUAAGAAACUUUCCACUACAUCAAAAAACCACGCCUCCGUCGAACCUCUCCACCCCUCCCUGGUCGAAGCCUCCACCUUGGAUCUCCGACGCCCUGCUUACUACACCGGUGGCUUUACUGCCCUUCCUCCCAUUCCGCCUCCCGCGAAUCCAAUGCUGCCCCGACUGAGUCACAUCCACCUUGCUUUCGAGGCACUUCCCAUCUCAUCUCCUGAUAUCUAUGCCCUUGCUACUCUGCAGACCCUCCUGGGUGGUGGUGGAUCUUUCUCGGCCGGUGGCCCGGGUAAGGGCAUGUACUCCCGACUCUACACAAACGUCUUGAACCAGCACGGAUGGGUUGAGAGCUGUAUUGCCUUCAACCACAGCUACACCGACAGUGGUGUCUUUGGUAUCCAGGCCUCCUGCAGCCCAACCCGCACAACAGAGAUGCUGGAGGUCAUGUGCCGCGAGCUGCAGUCUCUGACCCUUGAUACUGGUUACACUGCUUUACAAACACAGGAGGUCAACCGAGCCAAGAACCAGCUUCGCUCGUCACUUCUCAUGAACCUGGAGUCUCGCAUGGUCGAGCUCGAGGAUUUGGGUCGUCAGGUCCAGGUACACGGUCGCAAGGUUAGCGUGACGGAGAUGUGCAAGCAGAUUGAGGAUUUGACUGUUGAGGAUCUCCGUCGUGUUGCUCGCCAAGUUUUUGGUGGCCAGGUCCAGAACAAGGGCAAUGGCACCGGCCAGCCUACUGUUGUGUUGCAGGAGGGUGAGCUUGAGGGCUACAAGCUCCGCUCUUUCCCCUGGGAAGAGAUUCAGGAGCGGAUUUCCCGAUGGAAGUUGGGUCGUCGAUGA